CUGUAACUUCAAAACAUAUAUUUUUAGGUGAGAAAAUGGGACUUAAGUAACGCCUAGCCAGCUGAUUGGCUCGGUACAGACUAAAACGUGACAUGCAUUCAUAAUUAGCCUUUCUCCCUUUAUAUACAUUCCCCCCUCCAAUAACAGAGAUAUUGAUCUCUCGGAAACAAAUUAAACAUGGUUAGUCGACAGUUUGAGGCCAUAGAGAGAUGCAGCUCAAAAGGCAGAAGGAACCAAUCGGUGGCCGCAGAUCUUGACGGCACCCUGCUCAUCUCUCGCAGCCCUUUCCCGUACUUCAUGCUCUUGGCCGUGGAAGCAGGCAGCCUCCUCAGAGGUCUACUCCUUCUAUCCUCAGUCCCUCUCGUGUGCAUCUCAUACGCCUUCAUCUCAGACGCCUUUGCCCUCCGAAUUCUCAUAUUCAUUUCCUUUGCGGGGCUAAAGAUUAAGGACAUCGAGACAGUGGCCCGCUCGGUAUUGCCCAAAUUCUACGCCGAGGAUGUGCAUCCAGAGGGCUGGAGGGUGUUCAGUUCGUUCGGGAGGAGGUACGUUGUUACGGCUAAUCUCAGAAUCAUGGUGGAGCCGUUUGUGAGGGACUUUCUCGGGGCGGAUAAGGCGCUGGGCACGGAGCUUGAGGUUACGAGGAGUGGGAUUAGAGCUACUGGGUUUGUUAAGAAACCUGGCGUUUUGAUUGGAGGGCUCAAGAGGAUGGCUGUUGAGAUGGAACUGGGCGGUGAUCGGUUGCCGGACGUUGGCAUCGGAGAUGAGGAGGCUGAUUUUCAUUUCAUGUCCAUUUGCAAGGAAGCGUAUCUCGUCCCCAAAACCAAAUGCAAGCCAUUGCCCCCAGGCCAACUCUUGAGCCCCAUAGUUCUCCACGACGGCCGUCUCGCCUGCCGUCCAACCCCUCUCAUCGCGCUCCUAACCUUCCUCUGGCUUCCCGUUGGCGUCGCCCUCUCCCUCCUCCGCAUCUACCUCAGCCUCCCUCUCCCUGAACACAUCGCUUUCUACACCUACAAACUCAUGGGCAUCACCCUCACCGUCAAAGGCAGCCCUCCCCCUCCCCCCCAGCCUGGCAACCGCGGCGUCCUCUUCGUCUGCAACCACCGCACCGUCCUUGACCCUGUUAUGGUCUCCGUUGCGCUCGGGCGCAAGAUCAGCUGCGUCACCUAUAGCAUCAGCAGGCUCACCGAGCUCAUCUCCCCCAUCAAAGCCGUCGCUCUGUCCAGAGAACGAGACAAGGACGCUGCCAGCAUCAAACGCUUGUUGGAAGAAGGAGAUCUGGUCAUUUGCCCCGAAGGGACGACUUGUAGAGAACCUUUUCUUCUUCGGUUCAGCGCGCUUUUCGCCGAGCUGACGGAUCGGGUUGUGCCCGUUGCGAUCAACACGAGGCAGAGCGUGUUUCAUGGGACGUCGGUGAGAGGGUGGAAGAUGUUCGAUCCUUACUUCGUGUUUAUGAAUCCUAGGCCGGUUUUUGAGAUCACGUUCUUGAAGCAGUUGCCCAAGGAGCUCACUUGUGCUGGUGGUAAGUCGCCAGUUGAGGUUGCCAAUUACGUACAGACGGCGUUGGGCGCGACUCUGGGAUUUAAAUGCACCAAUUUCACUAGGAAGGAUAAGUACGCUGUUUUAGCUGGGACUGAUGGCCGAGCUGCGACGUCUAAAUUAAGGGGGGAGGCUUUUGGAGCCUUCGGUGAUCUGAAUUAAUUGAGACGGUCUCUCUUGUCACACUUUCGAACUGAUGUUUAUUUUAUUAUCGGUUAUUAUCUUUGUGUCAAAAGGCGAAGUUUGUAUUUGUGUCUACUUAUGACUGGGGCCUUUCUGUUUGCCAAUAUUGACAUUCUAUAUGAAGUGUGUACUGCAAGUUUCAAUC